AUGCGCCUAUCUUUGCGCAGGAGUUUCCACGGAUUGAAACUGCGGAUUCUGCAAGAACAGUGCUCUCCACAUUGGGCACCGAUCCUGCAUGCGGCAAUCUUGGAUGGCGUGACCCGCCCGGAGAUUCACAAGACCAUCCUGGACAUCCUGACAUGGCUCCUCCGGAUGGGUGCCGAUCCUAAACAGGAGGCACCCGCGGGUGCCCACAACUUCGACAUCUGGAAGACGAACCAACGAGAGGAGACAACCGUCAAUGUCAACUUGGUCGGGCACACUGCUUUGUCGCUCACGCUGGCCUUGCAUGAAGCUCUCUGGGGGGUGGAUUGGCAAGUCGAGCGCAGCUUUUUGGAGUCCGUUGUCUCCGUGAUCUCAACACCGCCACGGGCAAGUGAGAAGGUCACCAUCAAUCCGGGUGUGCUCGAUAGAUGGGAGGCCGUCUUGGAGAUGACCGACACGCACAACGUGACGUUCGAAACCGCAGACGGUGAGGUGACAGCCCACGACAUGGUCCUUGCCGCAGCAUCUCCCGUUCUGAAAGCCAUGCUGGAAUCCUGCAUGGUAGAAGGUGUGCAAAAGCGCAUAAAAGUCCUCAACGACCCAAGCAGCGGUGUCUCACUGUUCCUCGACAUGCUCUACACGAAUGCCACGAGGAGGAACCCCGACCACCAGACCACACUGGUGGCCUUGGACUUGGCGCACCGCUGGCAGGUGGAGAAUGUGGUGCAGGUCCUGGCAGAUGUACUUCAGGACAUGAUAGGGGUUCACAGCUUCAUCGACAUCACCGAGGCGGCGGUGCUCAAGAAGCUUCAGUCGCUCGAGAGGGCGUGCGUCUCCUUCGGGACAAAGAGCUCGAAGAUCCAAGCCAUGUUGCAGAAGGGAAGCCUUCCGCCCUUGGUCUGCAAGCUGCUGGGGAACUCCGAGGCGAACAAGGAGUCGGCGAAGAAGAAGCGCAAGGUCUACUGA